AUGGAGCCCAUUACGUACCCGGACGCCCAAUUGCGUCGGAUCCUGUCGACAGUCCGCACAAUCUCCAUCGUCGGUGCCUCGAGCAAUUGGAACCGUCCUAGCUACUUUGUUAUGAAGUAUUUGCAACGCAAAGGCUACCGUGUGAUCCCUGUCAACCCCGGAAAUGCUGGCAAACAACUACUCGGCGAGACUGUGUACGCCAACUUGCGCGAUAUCCCAGACAAGGUCGAUAUGGUCAAUGUGUUUCGCGCAUCGCAUACGGUCGGUCCCAUCGUGGACGAUGCUAUCGCCACCGAGGUCCCCGUAGUCUGGAUGCAGCUGGGUGUCCGCAACGAUGAAGCCGCCGCAAAAGCCGAGGCAGCAGGCAUCGAAGUGAUCAUGAACCGCUGCCCCAAAAUCGAAUUUGGCCGUCUGGGUGGCGAACUGUCCUGGAGCGGCGUCAACUCCGGCAUCAUUCGCAACAAGCCCGCGAAGGCGCCAACCGAUCGGCUGUCGCGCGCCCUGCCGGCCAAAAACAUUGAAUACGGCUUCGAAACACGCGCGAUCCACGCGGGAGCGGCGCCGGACCCGACGACUGGUGCUCGUGGCACCCCGAUCUACCAGACCACCGCCUAUGUCUUUGAUGAUGUCGACCACGCCGCGUCGCUGUUCAACUUGCACAACUUUGGCUACCUCUAUAGCCGCAUUACCAAUCCGACAGUUUCGGUCCUCGAGGAACGUGUUGCUAGUUUGGAAGGGGGUCGCGCCGCCGUCGCCGCGGCCUCAGGCCAUGCCGCACAGUUUCUGAUCUUUGCCACUAUGAUGGAGCCAGGUGAUGAGUUUGUGGCCUCGAACAAGCUCUACGGUGGAUCUCUCACCCAAUUCGGCCUUUCAUUCAAGAAGCUGGGCUGGCACUGUCAUUUUGUCGACCCCACCGACCCGGAGAACUUCCGGCGAGCUCUCACGCCCAAAUGCAAAGCCAUCUUCAUCGAGAGUCUCGCCAAUCCUGGCGGCAUCAUUUCUGAUAUUGCUGCCAUUGCUGAAGUCGCCCAUUCGGCUGGACUACCUUUAAUCGUCGAUAACACGCUCGCCACUCCUUACCUGUGCCGGCCCAUCGAAUGGGGCGCCGAUAUCGUCGUUCAUUCCACCACCAAGUUCCUCGGGGGCCAUGGCAACGCAAUGGGCGGUAUUGUCGUCGAGUCGGGUAAAUUUGAUUGGACUCAGGGAGGCAAAUUCCCGUCUAUGACCGAGCCCGAGCCUGCGUAUCACGGCCUACGGUUCUACGAAAACUUUGGCGAUUUCGCCUUCACCACAAAGGCCCGCGCGGUUGCGCUACGAGAUUACGGUCCAACGCUGGCGCCGAUGAAUGCCUUCUUGACCAUCACAGGUAUCGAAACGCUGCACCUGCGCAUGGAACGGCACUGUAGCAACGCCCAAUCUGUCGCCGAAUACCUUGCCAAAGACCCCCGUGUCGCCUGGGUGUCCUACGCUGGCCUGGAAACCAGCCCUUUCCGGAAGUUAGCCUCGAGAUACCUCCCCAAAGGUUCAGGAUCUGUCUUCACUUUUGGCGUCAAGGGCGGGUACGAGACAGGCUGCAAAAUCGUCGAGAGCGUCAGUUUGUUCUCCCAUCUGGCCAAUGUUGGCGAUACUCGCAGUCUGAUUUUGCAUCCUGCAUCGACUACUCACCGGCAACUCAGCGACGAGCAGCGCGAAGCCGCUGGUGCUGGAUCCGAUGUGAUUCGUUUGUCCGUCGGUUUGGAAACUGCAGCCGACUUGAUCGCGGAUCUGGAUAGGGCAAUGGGAUAG